AUGACCGCCGGCAAGCUCGAACACCGUCCUGGCGGUCCACGUAAUGAAACAUCCCACCGCUACUUCGAGCACUCCUCCGCCCAACGAGUGAACACCGAUGCGAUCAUCGUAGAGAGCUUGCGGGCUGAAUACCCAGAGCUGCGCUUGACCGUCGUACCUGCGCAAAGUUGCAACAUCCUGAAGUAUGCUGCGUCCGGCAAGGUUGGUGUGGCUCCAAUAGACAACGAAAAGGAUAGACUGUCAUGGCGACUCUACUACCCUCCUGCGUCCCGCUUGAAUGGCAAGGGAGGCCUGGGCGAGACUCCCAAGUUUGGCAAGUAUCUGAUUGACUGGAAGAACAAGGAGUUUGUGAUGUACAUCGUGGAAGGAAGAGAUGGAGCCGGAUACUUUCCACAGCAGGUCAAUCAGUAUAUCCUGUCGCCAUCAAUCGAAGCUGUCAAUCAGCUGCUCAUCGAAGCUGGUGCUUGGGGCAAUACUCUACAUGAAGAGAUCUGGGUCUUUGAUGGAGGUUAUUGGAGUAAGAGCCAGGAGUUAUUCGAGAGUGUGCGAAAGGCUAGCUGGGACGAUGUCAUCUUGGAUGAGAAGAGGAAGGAGGCGAUCAAAGAAGACGUCAACUCCUUCUACGACAGUAGAGAUCAGUACGAGCGCCUGAAAGUGCCUUGGAAGCGCGGCGUGAUAUUUUACGGGCCGCCCGGAAACGGAAAGACCAUCAGUCUGAAAGCGAUGAUGAAUCAGUUUUACAGCCGCGAAGACCCUAUCCCAACGCUCUACGUCAAGAGCUUGGCCAGUUUUGCAGGCCCUGAGUACAGCAUCAACCAGAUCUUUGGUCUGGCGAGACGGACUGCGCCGUGUCUCCUGAUCUUCGAAGACCUGGACAGUAUCGUGACGGACGCCGUCCGAUCUUACUUCCUUAACGCUGUCGACGGCGUUGCGAAGAACGAUGGAAUUCUGAUGAUAGGCUCGACCAACCAUUUAGACCGACUCGACCCAGGUCUCGCGAAAAGGCCUUCUCGCUUCGACCGAAAAUACCUUUUCGACAAUCCAACCGAGAAAGAGCGAGCGAUGUACAUGCAAUACUGGCAGAAGAAGUUGGCAGACAACAAGGACUUAGACUUCCCAGACAAAUUAUGCCCGGCCGUCGCAAAAAUCACAAAAGACUUCUCCUUCGCCUAUCUGCAAGAAGCCAUGGUGGCUGCCUUGCUAGCCAUCGCAAGAGACCAGGAUAACUUCAGGGAACGGACUUGUCUGGAAGGCCUUUACGACUUUGUUUGGGACACGCGACGAAUCGACGAAGAGGAUCCCGACCUCGAUAAUUAUAUCCUUUGGCGCGAGAUCAAGAAGCAAGUCAGAAUUUUGCGGGAAGAGCUUGGUGAUGAGAAGGGUUUGAAGCGAUAA